ACAGAAAACAAAGAAAAGAAAAACAACAAAAACAAGGCCCACUGCUGAAAAGAGAGAGGAAGCGGCCCAGUUUUUCUCAAGCCCAAAAACAUCGCUACGCACGCCUGCAUCAACACGCGCGUGCGCUAGGAUUGUUUUAUUUUCUCGAAAUCAAAUGGCUAAUCCAACUCGACCUGAAUUUGACAUCUUGGACUCAGAAGGACUUGAGUACCAUCGUUGGGUUUCCGAUGUAGAAACUGCCUUUGUGGCAAAAGACUACACUGCCACCAUUACCGACCCCAAAGAUGAUGAACUAUCUAAUAAGGUGAAAGCAAAUGCCUUAAUGUUUCUGAGGCGACAUAUUGAUCCUAGCCUACGCUGGGAGUACCUUCAGUUGAAGACACCCAAAGAACUGUGGGAUGCCCUUAAGGGACGUUUUGGGAACAUUCAUGACACUUUGCUCCCAGAACUGGCCGUUCAGUGGAAUGGAAUCCGCUUGCUUGACUACAAAAGGGUCAAUGACUUCAACAAGGACAUGUUGCGCUUCAAGGCACGUCUCAAUUUCUGUGGAAGGGAAAUCACAGAAGAUAAUAUGAUCUAUAAGACUCUUACCACCUUUCCUACUUCAGCGUUUAUACUAGCGAACCAGUAUAAGUUGGAGUAUGACAACAAAAGAAUCACAACCUUCAAUAAGUUGAUAAGCCUACUGCAAGUGGCUGAGAGACAUAAUGAGGUUCUCUUGAACAACAAUGCUAGGCCUGAGGCUAAUUAUGAAAAAAUGAAAGGUGGAAAGAACUCCAUGCAAAGGGGUUUGGACGUGCUGAUCCCUACCCACGUGGCAACAAUGCACCAUGUGGAAAGGGACGUGGAGGUGGUGGAAACAAGAGAUUUUUCUGAAAGAGAUGUCUUAUCACUUGAAGACAAGCUUGAUAUUUAUCUUAAUGAAAUGCGAUCCAACAGUGAAUUUUCUCAAUUGAAAGGAAUUGGUAGUCUUGCUAAAAAAUUGGUGGAGACAGGAAAGCACAAAACACAUGCAGCAGUCUACAAGCUUCUAACUUUGGCUUUAGUUCUACCGGUUGCAACAGCUUCAGUGGAAAAAGUAUUCUCAGCUAUGAACAUUGUGAAGAAUCCACUUCGUAAUAGAAUGGGAGAUCAAUGGGUGAAUGAUAGUUUGCUUGUUUACAUUGAGAAAGAUAUAUUCAAUAGCAUUGGUAAUGAUGCUAUAAUGCAGCGUUUUCAAAAUAUGAGAUCGCGCCGUGGACAAUUACCGUCUCGUUGA